AUGCGUCUUUUUGCCAGCCUCGCCGUCCUUGUCCCCCUCGUCGUCUCCGUUGUCGCUGCGCCUGCCAUGGCUCCCUUCGAUCAGCUCUUCUACAAUGUUGGAGACAUUACCCGCCGUCGCAGCGUCCAUCAACCUCAAAACAAUUCCAGACUUCAUGUCUUCAUUGAAGCGUUGAUCUCCAGCUCGAAGAAGCUGGAGGUCGAUGUCAAGAACGCUGCAGCCCCAACCUCUACUCAGGCUACCGCCAUUGUCGAGGCUGUGCGGGAGACUUUGGUUCCUAUAUAUGCCGACACGAUUGCUGAAAUCGUAAAAGCUAAACCCACUAUCGUUGCAAUCAACCAUUUACCAGACGUGGUUGACGUCUUGAAGUCCUUUAUAUCAGUGUUUGUGGAUGCUUUCACGGAGUUCAUCAACCAUUUGCCUCCCAGUGCGUACGCGAACAACUUGAGACUCGCGAUUGACUUCGAGACGAGCUACAUCACUAAAACUUACGUCGACGAGUCCUAA